CGGCGCUGGCUGGCUCCCUGGCUGCGGCUCCUCAGUCGGCGGCGGCUGCUGCUGCCUGUGGCCCGGGCGGCUGGGAGAAGCGGAGUGUUGGUGAGUGACGCGGCGGAGGUGUAGUUUGACGCGGUGUGUUACGUGGGGGAGAGAAUAAAACUCCAGCGAGAUCCGGGCCGCGAACGAAAGCAGUGACGGAGGAGCUUGUACCACCGGUAACUAAAUGACCAUGGAAUCUGGAGCAGACAACCAGCAGAGUGGAGAUGCUGCUGUAACAGAAGCUGAAAAUCAACAAAUGACAGUUCAAGCCCAGCCACAGAUUGCCACAUUAGCCCAGGUAUCCAUGCCAGCCGCUCACGCGACAUCAUCUGCUCCCACUGUAACCUUAGUGCAGCUGCCCAAUGGGCAGACAGUCCAGGUCCAUGGCGUUAUCCAGGCGGCCCAGCCAUCAGUUAUCCAGUCUCCACAAGUCCAAACAGUUCAGAUUUCAACUAUUGCAGAAAGUGAAGAUUCGCAGGAGUCUGUGGAUAGUGUAACUGAUUCCCAAAAGCGAAGGGAGAUCCUUUCAAGGAGGCCUUCCUACAGGAAAAUUUUGAAUGACUUAUCUUCUGAUGCACCAGGGGUGCCAAGGAUUGAAGAAGAAAAGUCAGAGGAGGAGACUUCAGCGCCUGCCAUCACCACUGUAACAGUGCCAACCCCCAUUUACCAAACGAGCAGUGGGCAGUACAUUGCCAUUACCCAGGGAGGAGCAAUACAGCUGGCUAACAAUGGUACGGAUGGGGUACAGGGCCUGCAGACAUUAACCAUGACCAAUGCAGCUGCCACUCAGCCGGGUACUACCAUUCUACAGUAUGCACAGACCACUGAUGGACAGCAGAUUCUAGUGCCCAGCAACCAAGUUGUUGUUCAAGGUACUCAAAAAAUUGUAAAGCAGGAUGUCAGUGAAUUUGAAUUCUCAACGUCAGUUUGAAUAUGCUGCCUCAGGCGAUGUACAAACAUACCAGAUCCGCACAGCACCCACGAGCACCAUUGCCCCUGGAGUUGUUAUGGCAUCCUCCCCAGCACUUCCUACACAGCCUGCUGAAGAAGCAGCACGGAAGAGAGAGGUUCGUCUAAUGAAGAACAGGGAGGCAGCAAGAGAAUGUCGUAGAAAGAAGAAAGAAUAUGUGAAAUGUUUAGAGAACAGAGUGGCAGUGCUUGAAAAUCAAAACAAAACAUUGAUUGAGGAGCUAAAAGCACUUAAGGACCUUUACUGCCACAAAUCAGAUUAAUUUGGGAUUUAAGUUCCCUCCUCUUAUGGUGGAGAAUGGACUGGCUUGGCCACAACCAGAAAGACAAAUAAACAAUUAUUUUCUAAACAUUUCUUUUUUUCUAUGCGCAAAACUGCCUGAAAGCAACUACAGAAUUUCAUUCAUUUCUGCUUUUGCAUUAAACUGUGAAUGUUCCAACAACUACUUCCACUUCUGCCCUCAAGAAAUGUGCAGCGCCAGGAAUCAUGAAGAGACUUCUGCCCUCCGUCUCCACCACCCUCAAGAAGUAAUCAUUUGCUUAUUUGUAAAUUGUUGGGGGAAAUGAGGAAAAUGAAAUCUUGGCUUUCUUAUUUUUGCUUUAGGUUUGUUUGGUUUGUUUUCUUUUUAAUGACUUCAAGGUUUGCUGAGCUCCAUGGCUGCCUUAGGGACAGUCACCCAGCCUCCUGAGCUGACGGAAUGUGUGGGCCACACGAGAAGGAAGGAAGGAAGGAAGGAAGGAAGGAAGGAAGGAAGGAAGGAAGGAAGGAAGGAAGGAAGGAAGGAAGGAAGGUGCAACGAAGAAGUGCUGACUGCCAAAUUGAUGUUUUUACACUUUCAUUGUGAAUUAUGUAAAACUGUUAAAAACAUCCUUUAAAUAAGGAUAUUAGUGUGGUGUUGGGAGUAAACUUUGUAUGUAUGUUCCUUUCUUCAGUACUGACAAGUUGUCCUUGGUGCUGAGAAGCACGGUACUCACUCCAGCUCCUCUGUAGGGCAGUUGUUGCUUCUCCAUUCAGUUCUGUGUGUUCAGCAGUUUGAAUGCAUUAAUAGAAGUAACCAACUGAAUGGAAAGCAUGGUUUUGAAUUUUGAGUUAAGUUAAAAUCAUAGUAUAAACCUUAUUCUGGUGAGUACUAAGUCUUAAUGAGUAGGUGCUGGCCAGGAAGCUAACUCCUUGAGUUAUACAAUAAGGUUUUUAAUAAAUAAAAACUUUUGUCCUUGCUUUCAAAAUCCUUAUACUGUCACUCAUUUAUCUGAAAAGCUAUUCCUGGUUCACUGUUGCAUUUACACUGUGCAGCCAACAGGAACGUUUUCAAGAUGUCCAGCCAAAGUGAUGCCCUUGGAAAGUACUAAAUAGACAACCUUUUCUAUCGUCACAUUUCUGUCAGAGAAUCUCUUGGAAUAUUUUUUUUUAAGUCAAAGAAGUUACAAGGAUGUGAUUCUAAAGCAUUGUGUUAAAUGCACACAAGAAAAGUAAUUUCCUUCAGACAUUGGAGUGUGUGCUAUGGUACAAGAUUUGGCAAACACUUUUUUUUCUCCCAAAAAAGGUGGUACUGCUUUAACUCUCCAAAAGCUGUUCUGUUUCUGAAGCUGUUUCUACUUACACCCUUACCCAGAGUCUGCAUUUAUGGGUAACAUUGUUCCUGAGAAGACUUAGUAAUAACUCAUUUUUUUUUUAUUAAGCCUAAUAAAAUCUAAGAGUUACCUCUUUAUAAGACAAAUAUGAGGACAGUGGAGGCUGGUGUGUUAGGCUACUUCACGUUUGAGGAAGAGCUCAGACUCGGAAGACUGUCUUAUAUUUGCUUUGGGAUCUUAAGAAAGCUCAUGUUAAUAUCAGUAUACGUAUGAGCGGGAACUGUUUGGUUGCUAUCUGUAAAUGUUCUGUGUUGUUUAUAACAAACCAUUGUCUUUUUUCAAGGAUGAACAGUUUGUGAAGGACAUGAUUCUAAGAGUUGAGUGAUGUAAUAGUCCUUCUGUCUGAACAGUUCACCAGGCUCUCCAGAAGGCUUUCAAACGACUAAAGUUUGAUCUUUGUCCUGCUGAGCUUGCUGGGAAGGAGAUAGCAUAAAAGCUGUCUGUGCCAGCAAGUAGAUAUAUCAUUUACUAAACGUGGUGAAACAAAAAUGAAGCAGAAUCACAAAUCUGUCAACAAACUGGAAUUACUUCACAUUAAGUCAGAAUGUCAGAUUGAACAUUUUAAAUGUCACAAGUGGAAAAUUUGCCUAGUGUGCAGAAGUUGUAAUUUGUAAGUGUCUAUCUUCAAAAGUUGAGGCUUUCUACAUAAUGAGGAAAUAGGUGGUCUCCUUAACCCUUUAGAGACCAAGGCAGUCUCAGCCAUACUUCCUAGUUGGAUGGAUAUUAAUUUACAGAGGCCUGGGUCUUUAUGCUUGGAGCAUGACUGUACUAGUUUGACACCAGUUACUUGAUAAUGUGAGAAAUAUAUGGUGUUGUGAAACCUGACUUCGAAAUAUCAGUUCAUACAGAAAGAAAUCAAGCCUCUUUAAUGCAAGCUGGAUUCUUUUUUUUAACAUGAGAAUGAGAAAAAAAAAAAAAAACAACUUGUUUUUGAGCUAUGUGGAGAAUCUUUAUUAAGAAAAUGACAUAAUUUUUUAAAAACUCUUAUAUCCAAAAUUGUAUGUGGCCACAUUAUCGGUAAUGUUUUUCUCUUCAUGUUGGCCAAAAGGGAAUGAGAAUGUCAUAGGAAUCUGUACAUAUGCUACUGAUUUGCCUAGAGAAUAGCACGUUUGGUACUGCUCACUUUGCAUAUAUAUAGUGGCACUUUUAUCUAUAGGACAGAUUAACUCUAAUAAAAAUGAAAUGGGAUAGGUUUAUUUUUGAUAUAUUACUCUUCUGAGUUUUCAAGCUUUGAUAGUGUUUAACUGAACAAUGGCUUAGAAAGGGCUAGAUCCAAUAUGUUCAUAUUUAAAAAAUUGAUAUGAGAUACAAUUUAAGUUCUUUAUCAAAAGCAAGUACCAUAUUAGCAACCAUCAUAUUGUCCUAGGUGCUGUGCUUGUUUAGAUGUUAUAGAGUGGGUGGGGACGUGGCAUUUUGUAAUAUAUGUGUACAUAUAUACAUACAUACAGUAUAUCAUCUAAAUGCUCUGAGAGCUGUUAUGUCAGGAAUGCUGAGUAUUCUAGCGUUUUGAGGUCAGAUGAGAUUCCACUUUGCUGUGCGUUCUCCUGCAUCUCUUCUGGUGUUUCAGUGACUGUAUUACUCCAGCACUCACAACUGGGUUUUCUCUUUUCUUCCAGUUUUUUAUUGGGUUUUUGUUUUGUUUGGCUUGAUGCUUUUGAGUAUGUUACCAGUCACUUGAAAACUCCUAAACCCCAAGCUUUUUUCCCCCUGCUUUGUUUCUGGCAGCUAUAAAAUUGGUAAGAACAUUUUGAAAUAGCUUUUAAGAGAAUUGUUUCAAGAAUCAUUUUGGGCGAAGACUUUUCAUGUUUCAUUUGAACAGGGAUUUUUGUCAAGAUGUGUUUUGAUGGUAGGCCAGCAAGCAGUGCUAGUGUCUAAAGCACAAAACCAGUCAGGCAGGCUGUCCAACCAGAAGUCCUCUUGGCUGAAGUCGGUCUCUGUCUCUCAGGACUCCUCCCUACUGUUUUUGACCAUUUAGGGUGACAUGGAAUCAUACAAAUAUUGGGGCUUAGAAACAAACAUUUAUAUAACCCGGAAUGCUUUUACGUACUUGAAGUGACUUCAAUCUAAAUGUUGCCUUUCCUGUUUAGGAAGCUUUGAUUCUCUGUUGACUCCAGUCAGCUGGUAACACAAAUCAGCUUCUCUACCAAUAGCUGCUUCAUUUUCAGUUCCUUCCAGAGGCUUUUGUCUUGCCUUUGUAACACUGAAACUCUGGAUGGCACAUCAUCCCGGGGCCCAGGACACAGGCUGGAUGUUGACUUGGGGUUGUAUUUACAUUAGUUCUUUGUAAAGGUUUGCUGUAACUUGCACUUUUUUUUAAGGACCCAGUUUGGGUAUCAGCAACUUGGGAAAUUCCUUAUAAAUGAGUUCUCAGCUGACCCUUUUGUCUUCCUCCUUCAAAUCAUGACUCCUUAAUAGAAGCUUUUCAUUGAUCACAGUAUCAUAGCUAGCCUUAAGCAUGUUAUAAAAGCUAAAUAUCUGGGAAUUAGAUUUGACUAAUACUGAAGGAAAAAUAAGUACUUACAAUUUUAAAUUUCAUCCUCCAACUUUAGUUCUAUGUAGAGCAUGCCAAAAAAAUUUUUUCAGAAGAUUUUUUUUCAGAGGAUUGCUUUAAACUUUGUUAAAGCAAAUAAUUUGUUGUCAUCAUGGGGAACCAUGUAUUCGUUGUUACUAAAUCAUUUUAAUUUGGCUUUGUUAACUUCGGAGAAAUGCUGCCUAAACGCGACUGGUUUCUGACUGCGGGGGAGUACAGUAUGCUUUGUUAGGCCUGUAGGUGACUCAUUCUAGAAUAAACAUGUUCACUGAGAUGUACAAAGCACAACUAGAGUUUUGGGUGGCUUGUGUGUGUCUUGAUUACUUUCAAUGUUAAUGUUGACUUUUUAAGUUAACAGUCACUGUUAUGUGCUAGGAACUGGUUUCCUUGACUUUCUAGAAUCAAUGGCCAAGAGAGGCAUAUAAUCCUUGAGGGGUUGAAGGUAUCAUGAAGUUGAGUCAGUAUGGAAGAAUUUCAAACAAAUCAAACAGGGUGCUGAAGUUCCGGCUGACUCAUCUGCUCAUGGUAUGCUUACUGAUUAGUGAAUGUAGUUUUAAGCCUUUGUGUGUGUCCUCAGGGGCAGACAGACUUUAACAAGGACCAGAUAACAUUUGAAUGGAGGAAUUAUAUUUCAGGUGUUUUAGCUUGAAAUUUAUUUUUUAAAAAAAGAAAAAUUAAAAAAAAAUAAAUAAGAGAGCAAAGUUUGGGAAGCGAGUUGACAGUAUGAAAGCAGGCAGAGCUGAGGAUGAGCUGGCCUGUCCCACUGCUGCAGUGGGGCAGGUCCUAGCUGGGGAAAUGUUACAUUGUUACCAGCAAGAAAAAGGAAGAAGGGUCAAAAAGUAGGAAACUCCUACUUUCGUAGGCAUGAUUUACUACUUGUCCAUAGUAGUAUAGCAUUUCUAAGCUUCUAAGGGCAUCUCAAAAGAUAAGAGUAAGUCUGAGAUGUUGAAAAAAUCAGUAGGGAAGAAAGAUCACUGCAGAUCAUAAUCUAUGUUGGCCACAUGAAAUGAUUUAUUAUAUUUGGGAAGUUUUAUUUUCUUAUGUUUUUUAAAAUUGAAUUGGUAAGUGCUUUAUAGACGUAUUUUUACCCAGGUGCCACUUCAAUGUGUAUGUAAUAAAAUUAUUUAUAUUAAAAGUGGGAAAUUUUGUCAACAUUUUUCUGUGUGUUGUAGAUUUAUUAGGAUGGUGAAGAAGUGUGCUAGUUAGCAGUUUUCUGUGUAAAGCUGUCUUGAGCUGAUCUGUACACAUCGGUUAUAAUGCCCCAGUGGAACUUAGACAUGUCACUUGAAACUUUUGAAAAACAAAAUAACCAGGGAAGUCCUAGAAUGGUAUUUGGCUGUUUGGUUUUUCCUUGAGUACUGGAGUAGAGAAUACCUCCCCAGAACUGUCAGCACAAAACAGGGUAUCAGCUUUAACUCUGAUGUUCCUAUUGGAGUAGAGUACUAAUAACUAUGAGAAGGGAAAUACAUUUCUAAUAACCUUCCCUACAAUCUAGAAACAUCCCUGUUUAAAUUUUUUACCUAAAUCUUUUUGUGCUUUAUGUGUAAAGAAUAAAAGUACCAAGACAUCAUGCAUUUUAUUAACACUAUGUACAUACUGGCUGCUUUGUGUUCAGAAUGGUAGCAGUUACUUUGUAUAUUAAAGUGAUCCUUGUGAAUUUGUGAAAUAUUGUCUUAAAGUGCUUUUCUUACUGUAAUCUUUGUGGUAUCAACUGUCAUAAUGCCCUUUUUACACAGACAUUUAUGUGCAGUCACAUAAACAUGCUUUUAAAAAC